AUGCCCUCGCUCGGGAAAGGCCCUUCCUGUCCUUCCAUCCCCCAGCCCACCUGGGCCCUACCAGCCUCCAACACUGUCUUCCAGAGCCUGUCCUCCUCACGGGGCUGCCUGGAGAGUCCACAGCUCCUGCCCUUCCUCUCCCCCUACUCCCUGGGCAGGGACAGAAUAAACAUUUGUAUGGAUUUUAGAGUUCCUGUGUGUACUGGUGGUCUCAUGCCUGUGGGGGUCAUUGACUGUAAGCCCCAAGGGAAGAUGGAGAGGAGAAGGGGUCUGCCCCCAGAGCGCCGCCAUCCCUGUCCCCCUACCACUGAAACGCCACCAGGAACCCCCGCCCCCGCCAAGACCCGCCUUCGAGCUAGGCCUCGCCCCCGCAUCUGGCCACGCCCCCGCGCCCGUGCAGCCCGUUUCGGCCGGUUGCGCCGGGCCAACAGCCCCUCCACCUCCGCCGCCGUGGACAUCCGCGGCCGGGUCCGGCCCGCUCAGGUGAGGGGCGGCCAGCCCUCUGUUGUGCGUCCUUCUGUAGACUGGGAUGGCAGCGGUGGAGGAGGGGACGUCCCUGGGGGUCCCCGUGCGUCGGGGUUCGCCAGGAGAUUGUGGGGCGGGGUACUAUGCACGAAGGACCUGGAGUUCCCAUUAGUUGAAGGUGGGACUGAGCCGGAAGCAGGGGUUGCGUUUGGGGGUCAGCCUGGGCCAGGGAAACUGCAGGUAGAUGUGGGCGGCAUCAUUUUAGAGAAAGUCUUAGCUAAACAGCAGCCUGCGGCCACCUCUGAACUCUCCCCAUCUCUCUCCCCCACCAUUGCACCAGCAUGGGCAGCCUCAACUAUCAAGAUGUUUUCCAAGAAAAUGAAAACUCAGGUGCGUGUCCCUGGGCAGAGCAAGUGGGGCUGGGGCUGCAGUGUGGGCACCCGUGAUGACAAGUUCACCUGGGAAGUGAAGGCCAAUAACCAAUGCUACCACUGGAAGUGUAAGGAGAAAGUCUUCGUAUGUUGUCAACGGAAAAGGUACAAGACCAACGUCAUCCACACGGCCAAGUACAGCUUCUUCACCUUCCUGCCGAUGAACCUGUAUGAACAGUUCCACCGAGUGUCCAAUCUCUACUUCCUCCUCAUCAUCAUCCUGCAGUCCAUCCCUGAGAUCUCCACGCUGCCCUGGUUCACGCUCUUCAUGCCACUGGUGUGUCUGCUUGUGAUCCGUGCUGCCCGAGACCUGGUGGACGACAUUGGGCGUCACCGGAGCGACACUACCAUCAACAACAGACCCUGUCAGAUCCUAGUGGGGAAAAGCUUCCUGUGGAGGAAAUGGAAGGACCUGUGUGUGGGGGACGUCAUCUGCCUGCACAAGAACAGCCUCGUCCCGGCCGACAUGCUCCUGCUUGCCAGCACUGAGCCUAGCAGCUUGUGCUACGUGGAAACGGCCGACAUUGAUGGGGAGACCAACCUGAAGUUCAGACAGGCCCUGGCCGUCACGCACCACGAGCUGAACAACGUAAGGAAAAUGUCGACCUUCCAAGGCAAGGUGGUAUGUGAGAAGCCCAACAGUCGCAUGCACAACUUUGUGGGUUACCUGGAGUGGAAUGACAAGAGAUACCCACUCGACUGUGGCAAUAUCCUCCUACGAGGAUGCAAGAUCCGAAACACAGACACCUGCUAUGGACUGGUCAUCUAUGCUGGUUUUGACACAAAGAUCAUGAAGAGCUGUGGUAAGAUUCACCUGAAGAGGACCAAGCUGGAUCAUCUGAUGAACAGACUGGUGGUCAUAAUUUUCCUGUUCCUGGUGCUGGUCUCCCUGGUGUUGACCCUGGGCUUCCAUUACAAGACCAAGGAAUUCAAGGACAAACACUACUACAUCCCGACCAGCCUCAAGCACACCGACACCAUGGAGUCCAUCUUCACCUUUUGGGGCUUCCUCAUCCUGCUCAGUGUCAUGAUACCCAUGGCGAUGUUUAUCAGUGCCGAGUUCAUCUACCUGGGGAACAGCAUCUUCAUCAACUGGGACAUGAAGAUGUACUACGCGCCGCUGGACAUCCCCGCCAAGGCCCGUAGCACCAGCCUCAACGACCAGCUGGGCCAGGUGGAGCACAUCUUUUCAGAUAAGACGGGCACGCUCACCCAGAACGUCAUGACUUUCAAGAGCUGCUGCAUCAAUGGUUACAUCUAUGGUGAGGCCCCAGGGACCCCCGGCCCCAGGGAUCUAGGGCCACAGGAUCAGGAUCCUUCUGAGAAGGUGAGCCCCGUCCUGCUGCGCUGGAUGGUGGGCGUGGGGGGAGGCAGGGACCCCACAGAAGCAAGGACCCUCAGCUGGCUUGUCCUCCUCCUGGCCGCCCAGAACCCCUACCAGUGGAACGAGUUUGCCGAUGGGAAGCUGCUUUUCUACAACAAGGAGCUGCUGGCUGCUGUGCGGACCAACCAGGACCAAGUGGUGCGGGAAUUCUGGCGCCUGCUGGCUUUGUGCCACACGGUCAUGGUGCAAGAACAGGACAGUGAGGCCCCAGACCAGCUCCUGUACCAAGCAGCGUCCCCGGAUGAGGAGGCUCUGGUCACGGCCGCCCGGAACUUCGGCUACGUGUUCCUGUCACGCACGCAAGACACUAUCACGCUGAUGGAGCUGGGUCAGGAGUAUGUCUACGAGGUGCUGGCCAUGAUGGACUUCAACAGUGUCCGCAAGCGCAUGUCCGUGCUGGUGCGCAACCCGGAGGGUCUCAUCUACUUGUACACAAAGGGUGCCGACAUGGUCAUCUUCCAGCGGCUGAACAAGAGAGACAUGACGGAGUCCACCACUGAGGAGGCCUUGGCGGCCUUUGCAGAACAGACACUUCGGACGCUGUGCCUGGCCUACAAGCAAGUGGACAAAGACGUGUACGAGGCGUGGAGACAGCGGCAUGAAGAGGCCAGCCUCCUGUUGCAGAACCGGGCUCAGGCCCUACACCAGCUCCUAGGAGCCACCGCCAUUGAGGACAGACUACAGGAUGGGGUCCCGGACACCAUCAAGUGCCUUAAGAACGGGAACAUCAAAGUGUGGAUGCUGACAGGGGACAAGCAAGAGACAGCAGUGAACAUCGGUUUUGCCUGUCAACUGCUCUCAGAAGACAUGAUCAUUCUGGAAGAGAAAGAGAUCGUCCACAUCCUCAAGUCCUACUCAGACAGCAACAACAAUUUGCUGGAUGGGAAGGGCCGCUUCCGACCACAAGUCAAGAUAGCCAUGGUCAUCACAGGGGACUUCCUGGACCAGCUGAUGAUCCCAACCUUGUUCGACAAACACAAGUCUCUGCCGCGGUCCAUGCUGGCGGAGGAGGCCUGGGGUGAGCCCAGCCUGCAUCAGGAAGCCUGGCUGACCCGUGUGCCUCGGAUGUGGCACUCCUUCCUGAUGCCCCUGGGCAUCUCUUGCGUGGCCCGGCAGGCCCAGGGCAGAAAGCUCAGUGAAAGCCCCGAGGUGAGGCGCGAGCGGGCCUUCGUGGACCUGGCGGUGCGCUGCCAGGCGGUCAUCUGCUGCCGGGUGACGCCCAAGCAGAAGGCUCUGAUCGUGACGCUUGUCAAGAGACACAAGGGCGUCGUGACCUUGGCCAUCGGGGACGGGGCCAAUGACGUGAACAUGAUCAAAACUGCGGACAUUGGCGUGGGGCUGGCGGGCCAGGAGGGCAUGCAGGCGGUUCAGAACAGCGACUACGUGUUGGCCCAGUUCUCCUUCCUGCGGCGCUUGCUGUUGGUGCAUGGACGCUGGUCCUACGUGCGCAUCUGCAAGUUCCUUCGCUACUUCAUCUACAAGACGCUGGCCAGUAUGAUGGCCCAGAUCUGGUUUGCUUUCUACAACGGCUUCACCGCCCAGCCCCUGUAUGAAGGCUGGUUCCUGGCACUCUUCAAUCUCCUGUACUCCACCCUCCCGGUCCUCUACAUUGGCCUCUUCGAACAGGAUGUGAGUGCCGAAAAGAGCUUGCAGAUGCCAGAGCUCUACACAGCAGGGCAGAAGGAGGAACUCUUCAACUACUGGGUUUUCAUUCAAGCCCUGGCACAUGGCAUGAUCACCUCCCUGGUCAACUUCUUUAUAACCCUGAUGGCCUGUCACAACACUGGGGACCCCUCCACUCUCAGUGAUUACCAGUCCUUUGGCGUCAUUGUGGCCUUGUCCAGUCUGCUGUCAAUCACCAUGGAGGUGAUCUUGAUCAUCAAGUAUUGGACCAUCCUGAGUGUGCUGGCUAUCGUACUGAGUCUUUGCUGCUACAUCUUCAUGACCUACGCCACUCAGAGUUUUUGGGCCUUCAACAUCUCACCCAAGACCUUCCCGUUUCUGUACACCGACCGCAAUGUGCUAUCCCACCCCUUUGCCCUGGUGGUGAUCCUGCUGAACGUAUGUCUUAACACCAUGUUUGCCCUGGCCUUCCGCAUCAUCUACCAAAUUGUCAAGAAGUCGCGUGUCAAGGUGGAGGAGGUACCGAGUGAGGAGAUCGUGGAAGAGCCCAUUUCUUACAUACAUCGGGGGUCUCGUGUCCGGCGCUCCAGCUAUGCCUUCUCCCACCGUGAGGGCUAUGCCAACCUCAUCACCCAGGGCACCAUCAUGCGGAGGGCUCGGGACACCAACAGUGAGCUGAUGAAUGAUGAGCAGCCCCCAUCCGAAGAUGAGAUGCCCCCGAGCAUGAAGGACUCAUCCUGGCACCCCAGAAGGCUGUCUCUGCUGGGGAAGAAGAAGCACCAGCGUGUGGAGAAGACUCCCUCUGAGGAUGUGGUCUUCAACCCCAUGGGGAACUCCUCCGUAGCUUCAGAAGGACAAGCCCCCCAUUUGGAAAACCAAUCCAAAUCCUCUAUUCCCAUGACGUCCCCUGAGAAGAAGCCAUCUUCUCGAGAUAGGUCUUUAUCAAGUGGAAAGAGGUCACUUUCUAAGGAGGGAUCCCUGUCACCUAAAGAAAGCCUGCCGUCCACGUCUGUGAGUCACCCACAGCCCUCGGAGGGUCAGUCGCUGCCUCCAGAGAGCCAGUCACUAACUCGGGAAAACAGUUCAUCGUUUUGGAGGUUCUUGAGACUGCCCUGGUUGCUCAUGUGGCAAAGGGAUCUCUUGUUUGGAGAGAAGACAGAGGCAGUCCCCAGUGAGACGCCACAGUCACUGGGAGACCGCCCACCACCACCUGCAGAAGAAUCAUUGCGAGCUGAGCAACCUGUGGAGGCUGAGCCCUGGUCACAGGAGAAGCAGUCGUCCUCCAUGGAGUGGUUACCAGUCACCAUCGAGGACCACGUCCAACCUGGACAGGAGGCGCAGUCCCCCUCUCCUCCAGAGAAGCAGUAG